UGCUACCAUCAGAGAAACAAUGUUAGCAGCAAAACAAUAAACAUAUGCACUUUUCUUUCCCUCAAAAUUUCGAAAAUAAGUUGUUGCAGGUUUUUCUUAAAUGAUUGAUUAACUGCUACAUUAAGCUUUUUUUUUAUGUUUAUGUAUAGAGCUCGCCAGCUUGAACUUCCUAAAACCAGGGAAAUUGGUUACCUCUGGUUCGUUCAUCCAUUUAUAUGGAAAAAUGAAUGGGGAAAGAAUAGGGUUUUGGGAUAAACGCAUUAAGUAAGGUCUGAUGUUAACACAGGCGUAAGAGAUCUUGUACGAUUUGUUCUAUGAGAUAAUAUCAGUCAGUUAACAUGACCUUUAUGAAUUAUGAAGCCUUAAUGUGCUUUUUUUUUAAAUUACAUACAUGCUUCAAAAUUAGCUAUUGAAGAUGAUCGCAUUGAACAAAACGUAUAGCCUAUGAUCUCCUAAGCAUGUGUUUACCACAUACCUUAUUUUCGGCGUUUAUCCAAAAUCCCUACAAAAACUCCAUACAUUUUCCCAUAAGCUUUGUCCAACGAACCAUUGCGGAGUUCGUGCCUACGAAAAUAUGCUAUUGCUCUGUAUUGGAUAAGCAGUUUCUGUCUAUCUUCAUAGAUGGAUGGGUUAGCUGACAACAUCACGAAAACGAUGCGCACACGUCAAUGGGGCAAGUCCGUGAGUUGUGAUUCUGGAUGGCCAGAUACCGACAAUGACAAGAAACUGCCAUGUGGGGUAUCGUUAAGUGACUCGUUUCAGCUAGUUUCUUCUUGUUCUUGAUACCAUGUCUUGUUUUGAGGUCUUUUGAUUGAUUUCAUGGCAAUGCUAAUAUGGCUAAGAUUCGCUAGCUAGCUAACCAACAUCUGUGAUGAUGCAUUUGAGAGACAACAAGUGCUCAUUGUGCAAAUUUAUUUGUUUUAAAUAAACAUUGGAGACAAAAUAUAGUUUACAUGUUGCCAACGAUCUAAGCCAACCCCCUCUGUUUUGCCCCAUAGUUGCGCACGCGUCGGUUUUGUUGCUAAUCAACCAACCCGUCUAUACCGUACUGUCUUUGGGGUUGCAACGGGAGUAUCUAUCUCUGGCUGCAUCCCUGAAAAUGUGAUGCAUCCGGUUGUUGGCAACUCCGUGCUGUUGUUCACACGCGUAUCUGCCCUCUCAUUGGUUAGAAUGUUCCUGCCUCCUGCCAAUCAUGUCUUCCGGCUUUGCGGACAUUUUAUUCCCUUUGUCAGCGCGGUCGAGUCAGUCCAGUAUCUUGUCAGUGUGUGUAUAUAUAGAUAAUCUUCGAUCCUUCCCGAUCGAGAUGCCAGGUUCAACAUUCAAAAAGUGCUGUGCAUGUGGUGGAGACAUCAGGGUGGCACGUCGCAAAUGUGACUUGUGUGGGGCAGCACAGCAAUUGAAAAGAAAACUGGAGUCGCAGAAAGAUCACUAUAAUGACAACUGGGCUCGAAACACCCUUAAGGGCAACAAUGUUGCCAAGGUUCUUAAUACUGCCCAUUUACUGAUCCACAAGCUGGAAAAGCUGGGGAUGGUCACUUUGAUCCUUGUGGGACGCCCUAACAAUCCCUCCAUCGGCUGGUCUGACGUUAUGUGUCCUCAGGGCUUCAAAGACCAACAGGCCAAAACUGUGGAAGAGAUUAAAUUGAUAUUUGACACAGCCAUGAAAGCUUUACAUGAAAAAAUGAUUCAAGAGGUGUCCCCAACCCCAGUGGAGGACUGCCCCCCACCCCUUGACAACCACACAUGUCUCCCACCUCCACCCCUCUGUAGCAGGAUAGCUAAUGCUGAUGUCGGGACCUUGACAAAUUUAACAGUGAGUUUUUCUAAACGAGCGAUUACCAACAGUGGCUGCUGUGGAAAAAACGGUAUCAGAGUACCAGGAAGAAAUCUCCCGUUCAAAGGAGGAAAUCGAUCGUCUACGAAGGCUCCUGGAUUUGGCAUUCAAACCCGAAAUAAAGUUACAUAUUGCAGACUCCCAGCAGCUCACUCUCCCUGUCCCUGAAGACGUUCCUCCUGAGCAGCAGGACUGGAGCCCCAGUCUGGGCCAGGGCAACCCAGAGCCCACACAGAUUAAAGAGGAACAGGAGGAGUUUAGGACAAGUCAUGAGGAAGAGCAGCUUGAAGGGCUGGAGUCUGAUAUCAAAGAGUUCAUAUUCACUCUUCCCUGUGUAAAAAGUGACUGUGAUCAGGACCCACCUCAGCCCUUAUAUAUUUACCAAACCCAGACUAUGGAGAACAGAGAGAGGGACUUUCUUCCCACCAAAACAAUUGAACAAGACAUCAAAACAGAACCUAAUGGUGAGGGCUACAGUGUAUCAGAACCAACAAGUGAAUCUCAACCCCUCUCUGCAGUACAUCCAGACUGUUCUGCAGCUCAUAUUGGGAACAGUGAAAGUGACAAUGGGGUGGACAGUGGAGGACUACUGUCAGGUUUAAAGCCACACAAAUCAAAGAGAACAAAGACAAAGAAAGGACAAAGCUCCCAGAUCUCUACCCAGGUCCGUAAAGCCAGUGAGCUGAAUGUGCAAUUGAAGGAUCACACAGGGGAGAGACAACACAGGUGUCCUGUAUGCAGUAAAUAUUUUCUGAAAACGAGCAAUUUAAAAAUACAUCAGAGAAUUCAUACUGGGGAGAAAUCAAUUCACACUGGGGAGAAAUCAGUUCACAUUGGGGAGAAACCAUUUCAGUGCAAAGAUUGCGGCAAAUGCUUCAUCCGGAUGGGAAACCUGACUGAGCAUAUGAGAAUUCACACAGGGCAGAAAUUAGUCUGGCUGAUACCCAACUCGAAGUCCUCCUGACAUCAGAGUCUAUAGAGGCUGUUUGAUGUUGUCAGCAGGGUGGCGUAUGGAGUUCUGUUCACAUUUUGUGAAGAAUUAUAUACUGUACUUUUCUGUCACUGUCCGUGUCCGAAUACCCGUACUUGCGAUCUCAAUAGUAGGCAUUUUCGGUAUGCAAAUUUUUUUUUCGGUAUGCAAUCUAACCUUGUGUUUUAGGUUAUUCUCCUGCUGCAAGAUGAAUUAAUCACCCAGAGUCUGGUGGAAAGCAGACUGAACCAGGUUUUCCUCUAGGAUUUUGCCUGUGCUUAGCUCCAUUCCGAUUCUUUUUUUUAUCCUGAAAAACUCCCCAGUCCUUAACGAUUACAACCGUUUUCAAGUCUUGCCAUAGAUUUACGAGCCGAUUUAUUAAUGUAAUUUUUUUACCCCACUUUUUUCUCCCCAAUUUUGUGAUAUCCUAUUGCGAAACAUGACCCGUCUAACCGCUCUUCUUAACUCCUGCCCGCUUAACCCGGAAGCCAGCCGCACCAAAGUGUCGGAGAAAACACUGUUCAACUGACGACGAGGUCAGC